CCCGGCCCGGCUCGGCUCGGCUCAGCUCACUGCGGCCGGCGGCGGCGCGCGGAGCGGCGGCGCUUCCCGAGGGCUCGCGGCGCCCCGCCACCAUGCCCGGGCAGCGCGCGGCGGCCUCGCCGGGAAGGGCCGCCGAGGAGGACACGGGAGGAUGAGGCCGGGCUGGCGGCGGGGGCGGAGGCGGCGGCGGAGGCGGGCGGCGGCGGCGGCGGCAGCGGCGGGGGGCGGCCGGCGCGGGCGGGGCAGCGGCGGAGGAUGAAGUGGGGCGUCCGGGGAGCCUGCGCCGCGCUCUCCAGCUGCCUCCUGCUCGCCUGCGCGCUCAGCGCCGCCGCCGUGGGCCUCAAGUGCUUCUCGCUGGGCUCGGAGCUGAAGGGGGAGCCGUUCCGCCUGGGCGCCGCCGCCGGCGCCUUCUACUCGGGGCUGCUGCUCUCCGCCGGCCUCUCGCUGCUGGGCUCGGCGCUGCUGUGCUGCCGCCAGCCCGACGAGGCGGCCGGCGGCCCGGGCGCGGGCGCGGAGCAGGCGGCGGCGGGGUCCCAGGCGGCGGCGGCGGCGGCGGGGCCGGGGCCAGGCGCGGGGCCCGAGGCGGAGCAGAAGGCGCCCCCCGGGGGCCGGCAGAACUUCCUGCUGCUGGGGGUGCUGGUGUUCAUGCUGGGCGUGCUGAGCGCCUUCGCCGGGGCCGUCAUCGACGGCGACACCGUGUCGCUGGUGGAGCGGAAGUACUCGCACUACUGCGCGCUGCAGCCCGGCGGCGCGGCCCGGGCGCGGGCAGGCGGCGGGGCGGCGGCGGAGGGCUCGGCGGCGGCGGCGGCCGUGGCGCUGCGCUGCCAGAAGCUGCGGGACUACCAGCGCGGCCUGGUGCUGUCCACCAUCUUCAACGCGCUGGAGUGCCUGCUGGGCCUGCUCAACCUGCUGCUGGUCAAGAACUACAAGGCGUCGCAGCAGCGCGGGCUCCGGCGGCGGCGGCGGCGGCAGCAGCGGCAGCAGCAGGCGCUGGGCGGGCGGCGGCGGCGCCGGGGCCGGGGCGGCGGGCGGCGGGCGCAGCGGCACAGCCAGGGCUCCAUCUUCUCCAGCGAGGAGCCCGAGCUGUCGCCGGGGGACUGCCCCUUCCAGGCCGUCUCCUACAUCAACGUGGGCGUCUUCCACGUGUUCGACGAGGCCGGCGUGGAGGUGCACUGCGGCGGCCACCCCUCCGUCGAGCUGCCCGGCUACUCGCCCAUGGACCCCGAGCUCGACGCCUCCUACCCCUACUGCUACCCGCUGCCCCACGAGCAGCCGCCGGCCUACGAGGAGAUCUACCCCGGCGAGCCGCGCGCCAACGGGCCCUAGCCGGGGCGCCCCGCCAGCCCCCUGCCGGCCCGGGGAAGAAGCUGGCGGAGGCCCCCGGGCCGCCUCUCCUGCCGCCGGCCGCCUCUCCCGCCCUCGGCCCCCGGGGCCGCUCAGCUCGGGCGGCGGCGGACACGACAGCCAGCGGCCCCGCUUCACUUCCCACGGUCCUGUCAGCCGGAGUUUCUUGUCUGUCUCUUGUUGAAUAUCAGGAGUGAAGUUUCAAAGGCCGGACCAGAAACUGUGAGGGUCGGUUCCUCCCUUCACGCUUUCUCUCGGGCCAGUUUUUUUCUGUCUCUUUUUGGUUUGGGUUUGGUUUGGUUUGGUUUGUUUUUUUUUAAGUGAACCAUCCUAGUCGUUUUUUCUUCAGCUUUAACAGUUUCGAAAUUAUAUCCUUUUUAUGGUAACCAGCCAGUGUCAGGAGAAAAGUGUGGCGAAGCUUCUUUACCUCUCCAGUGGAUCCGUUUUUCGUCCCGAAGAGACGUUGCGUGUGUUUACUAGAGCUGUUUGGGGGGAAUUCUUAUGUUUACACUUUCUUGGAAGAUUUCAGUUCUCUUUAAAAUCUAGUGAGUCGAAGCCGUUUGGUCUUGUAAGAUGCACAUUCAAAAAUAAAACAAAAAAACAAAAAAUCCUGCACUUUCAAAAAAAGAAAAAAAGUAAAAGAGGGAAAAUCAACAGCAACAUUUUUGUAUACUAAUGUGCCUGCUUUUGUUGAUAACUUCUUACUGUAAAAGCUUUCAGAAGUCUAUAGUGAAAAUGUUUGGUAAACUUAAUUGCGAUUUCAAAUUAACAACCUUUACUAAAAUAGUUGAGAGAGCAGUGGGAUACAGCAAUUCGCAGGAAGUCCAAAUGUCACAUACAUUCCUUUUUGUAAACCAGGUUCUGUGUUUUUAGUGCGAGGCAGGGUUUAUUUUUGUUUUACACAAGUGAGCAGUUUGAUUCUAUUUUGUACAACUACAUGGUUUCUCUCUUGUAAAGAAUUUCAUUUCACUGUUAUCAAUUUCUCAAUCUGGUAAGCUUGAAUACUAAAGGUUUUUUUUUUUUUGAAAAAGGAAUAUUACACACACACUUUACACAGCCUUAACUGAUGGUCACAAUUUUAACAGAAAAGCGAUAAAAACAUACCUUCCAAAUGUGUUUUCAGACCUAUAGUUUAAUCCUCACUCAAGUUAGAAAAAAAUUAAAAAUGGAAGGCGUGAUUUCACCUGCAAAAGGACCCCAAAAAGUUAGAUUGGGAUUUGUUAGCUCUUCCUCAAAUUACAUGCAUUAACAAGAUUCUUGUAGACAUUAAAACAAAAAAACCCUCUAAAUCUUCAUUUUAGAUUGAGCUGUGAAAUGCCAAUAUCCAAGAGUGUGAGAAAGUAGUAAUUAAAGUCAAGCUAUGGCAUCCAUAUGUUUAAGGUGCUUUAAAAAAGGAUGAGAUUUAACUCAAUGUUGCACAGAGUGAAAAAAGGCCACUCUUCAGAUUUUGUAUUAGUUUGCCCCUUUUUUCCAGUUAGCGUAUAUUACCAUGGAAUCCCAUCAAAGAUGACCUAUUCUAUUAAUCCUUUUUUUUGGAGCCUGCUGCAUAUGUAAUGUCAGUGUAUCAGAUAACAUGAAAGAAAUGUAGUUAAAAGAAACCAGAGUUUGGGCAUAUGUUUUGUGGUGGAUAGAAGAUUAUUUUUAAAUUUUGAGAAGCUGAGAGAGAGAGAGAGAAGAAAUUUGUAGCCUUAGUAUCAGAAAAAUGACGUUUUAAUCUAAAAUGUUGAAGCCUCUCUGCACUAUUUUUGUUUUCUAAAGUGUCUUGACUUGCACACUUUGUAUAGCCUAAAAUGCAGAAUGCCUUAGAAAUUUUAGAAAUUACAAACUGUAUCUAUGAAACUCAUAACGAAUCUUAUAAUCUAUGUAUGGGAUCAAAUGCAGCUAUUUCAAGUUUUGCCCCACAGUUCUGAACUGUGGGAAUCUACAGAUAAAAAUAUCCUUUUCGGAUGAAAUUUUCUCUUGGGCAGAAGGCAGCAAAAAACUUCUGUACUGUUUAAGUUCCACUGAAAGCUUCAAAAUAAGCUUUAUGCUUCUCCCUCUGCAGAAGCAAAUAUUAUUCCUUUACCAACAGUCUUUACUAACAGUGUAAUUUUAUCAAGAAAUCCAUAUUCUACAGAUUACAUCGCCAAGAUUUUUAAAAAAUGAAAUGGGUAACUCAAUUAAGGACCCGAAAUUCUUAUAUGAGAGACUUAAAUAAGUACUGUAGCUUGUUUUACAAAAGUGCUCAGCAUCCUCCAAUUCUCACUGAAUUGUAUGAGAAUAACUGGGUGCUGAAUAGCUCUGAAAAUCAGGCCACAGCUUUAGAAGCCUAGUGGCAAGUUUCUUUUCUUUUUUUAUUUAAUGUUGGCUGUAUAUUUUAAUUUAAGUGUAAGUUUUAUCUUUAGUUUUAAUAAAGACAUUGAUUUUUGAUGUUAAAAACUAGUAUUUUUAUUUAAAGAAACUAUUCUAGAAAUUGAACUAGAUAAUUCUGAAAUUCCAGUUGUUCCAAAGAUCAGUGCUCAGGGAAUAAAAAAAAAGGAAAGUCAAGAAAGCUACCUAUAUACUCAAGACUAAAUAGAAAGUAAUUUUAAACAGUGAACUUCUAAGAUUGUUAAAUUCAUAGAACUUUUUGUUUUGUUUAAUGUAUUUAUUUUCAAAAUACCAUUCACUUUAAAUAUUAUUUAUGGUCAUUUGACUCCUGAAUUUCUACUUUUCUUCCCUUGGGCUUUUACCUCCUAAUAGCAGUGUAAUUUAGGGAUGGAUAAGAUGCUGGAAAAAAAGAGUCUAAUCAAACUCCCACCAGAGACAGUGGGAGUUUUUCCCAUCAACUUCAGUGGGAAUAGGAUUGGGCACAAACAUAUAUGCAAAUAGUUACUAUACCCAACAUAUAUAAAACAACAUAUUGGUCGUUUCUGGCCCAACACCAGAUACAGCAAUGACAUACUAGCACUCAGAUAUGUAUAUUUUAUAGGGACAGAAGUGGUAAGGAAAGUAACCUGUGGUGUCAUACACAUUUUUAAAACAAAUAAAAUUAAGCAGGCAAAUUGACCAAAUAAGCCAUGUUUUCUUAAAGAUGGUGUACAAACAUUUCAGGUAUCCAGUGACUAACUUUUAUGGUAAAAUAUAAAUGUAUUUAUUUCUCAGUGAGAAGAAACUUAUAAAUACAAAGUACAAGGAGGAGCUUCACAAGCAUGAUCAAAGUAUUGUGGAGCCAUUUUAAGAAUUUUGAAAAUCAUCACUAUAUCUAUUGAGCAAUAAUGCUGGAGUGUGUAAACUAUGCUAUGUUGAAAUUGAAAAUAGGCUGGUGUAACAAAUGUUAAAACUGUAGGUUAAUUACUUCGGAGGACUCAUAAUAACAAUUUUUAAAUGAUAUCUCAUGCCAUGGUUGACGACGAAAAUCUAUCUGUUGCGUCAUUGAAUUGUAGAUUUUAUUCUACAGAUGUUAAAACUGGGGAAAGGCAACAAUAAAAUAAUUAGUGUGCACAUUUGUACAUAGGUAUGUAGGUUCCCAUCUUGUUUUAACUGAAGUCAAUGGCAAUUCUCUUAUUGGGCCCUAUUUCUCACUGGUUUGCACUGUGUUUGCUCACAUUUAUGUCAAGGAAGAGUAACAUCCAACUAGACUGACUGGGUAGUAGUUUACCUUCCACCUUCCAAACCCUUUUCACAGGUGCAGCCAACUCCACAAGGGAUAAACCAGUGGAGAAUUGGGCCCAUUGUCUUUGGCAAGAGCAGAAUUAGCCAGAAAAGAAAAUCCUACCAGCCUGUUAGCAUUUCUGAUGACUUAUUUUCACACUCCAACAUCCUUGCUUAAUUCAGUUAUUUAUUUUGCAUUGUAAUUGACAGACAGGGCAUAUGUAAAUCUGAAAGGGAGCAUUUGAUGCUAGAUGAAAGUGGUAUUAAACUAGUACAAGUCUUACUCUAAGUUUGAUUUCACUGUAGGACUUCUUUGGUACACCAAAAAGCACUAUGGUGGCUGGUACAACUUAGAUACAUUUCAAAUGUAAUGUUUAAAUCAGAAAAGGUUUCUUAAAGUUCACAUGAUGAGGGCAGUCUGUUUCUGCAUUUGGACUCAGUAUAUAUGAACACCUUUUCUUCAUUUUGCCAUUGAAUCUGAUAUUGAUCCUCAACAACAUGUCAAUAAUUGAUAUUGUAAUUUUAGGAUCAAUAAAUAUGUUUUAAAGCACAGCAUA